AUGGAUAGAUAGAUAGUUUAGAUAUAUAGACAGACAGACAGAUAGAUAGACAGAUAGACAGAUAGAUAGAUGGAUAGAUAUAUUCAUCUCUGCUCUUUUCCCUCCAACUUCCAGCACUUGUAUUACAGUGUAAUUGUGUGCGCGCUCCCGCUAAGUCGCAGCAUCAGCACCGUGCACGCGGCCGGCCGGCAGAGCACCUGGAGCAGCGCGAGUUAAAGUUACCGAAAGCGCGCCGGGGAAAAGCCUGACUCCGCUGCCCCGUUACCCCCGGAGGUGUGGACACUAAUGAUCUAAUCAGCGGGCCGAGUCGGGAAUCCGACCCCAGUGCAGCGGGAGAGGAAGAUGAUGAAGAUGAUGAAGAUGAUGGAGCUCAGAAAUCUGCGAUCACUCCUUCCUGGCCUUUUGCUCUUAUUCGCGCUGCAUCGCUGUUCAUCACGACCAUGUUUAGACCCGAUUAUCUCGCCACUUUAUGCCUCCUCUUUCUGGGCCUCCUCCAGAUACAAUUUUCUCUACUCUGCUCAUUUUGCCAAACUCCAUGGGAGCAGUGGCUGGUCUCCAGCGCCCGGAGACACACAGCCAUGGCUGCAGAUCAAUCUGGGUAGAAAGUAUCGGAUCGUCGCAAUUGCCACACAGGGUACCUUCAACUCCAACGACUGGGUGACAAAGUACACACUGCUCUACGGGGACCGUUUUGAUGCGUGGACUCCUUACAUCAUGAAAGGAGGCAACAUGACAUUGCCUGGAAACUGGAACUACUAUCAGGUGAAGAGGAAUGUCUUUCACUAUGCCUUUACUGCUAAACACCUGCGCCUCCUGCCUAUGGGCUGGAACACGGAAAACGGUGGAAAGAUUGGCGUACGGCUCGAGGUCUACGGCUGUCCCUAUGACUCAUACGUGAUGCAUUUUGAGGGGGACGACAUGGUGGCAUACUCCUUACCUGGUGGGAAACUAAGAACCUUGCAGGACCACUAUGCUUUGAACUUUAAGACUCUCGAGAAAGAUGGUGUGCUGCUGUACAGUGAGGGCAUCCAGGGUGACUCCGUCAUGCUAGAGCUGAACACCGGACGACUCUACCUGCAUAUGUCCCUGGGAAGCAGUACAGUGCACAACAUGGAUGGCAUGACCACAAUGAGGCUGGGGAAUCUACUAGACACACAGCACUGGCACUAUGUUACCAUCAAACGCUAUGGCAGAGACCUCAACUUCACGCUAGACAGCCAGACAGAGAGAGUCCUCCUCAAUGGCGAGUUUAACUACCUGGACCUGGACAACCAGAUAUAUGUAGGUGGCGUUAUUGAGAAAGACUCACCUCACCUGCCAGGUAAGGUCAACUUCCGUGGCUGCUUGGAGAAUGUCUUCGUCAACGGAAUCAACAUCAUUUACAAGACCCAAUACCAAGAUCCUGAUGUACGGUUCGCUCCCAAAAAGAAAAAGAUGCACUACACGUGCCGUGACCUCCUGUGGAGACCCAUGACCUUUGCAGGGCCCAACAACUACCUCCAGGUGCCUGGGUUCUUUCGAAAGAGCCGACUGGCAGUGAAGUUCAAGUUCCGGUCUUGGGACUACACAGGAUUGCUGAUGUUCACCAGGUUUGCUGAUGAAACGGGCUCUCUGGAGCUUGGAUUGAGUGAGGGUCAAGUCAACAUCACGCUCACACAACCAGGGAACAAGAGACUCCGCUUCGCUGCAGGAUAUCGUUUAAAUGAUGGUUUCUGGCACACGGUGGAUCUGGCGGCCAGAGACAACUUGCUCUCAGUCACCAUCGACGAGGACGAGAGCUCUCCACUGAAGAUCACCAACCCGUUCGUGGUUCGCACUGGAAACACCUACUUCUUUGGAGGCUGUCCUAAGACCAACAAUACGGCACGCUGCGUGACCAAGCUGGCGCGCUUCCACGGCUGCAUGCAGCAGAUCUUUAUUGAUGACGAGCCUGUGGACAUCGACGUGAUGCUGCAGAGGAAGUGGGGCAGAUACACGGAACUACUGCUGGGGACGUGCGGUAUCACUGACAGGUGCGCUCCGAACCCAUGUGAACACGAGGGCAGGUGUAUUCAGUCCUGGAAUGACUUCCUGUGCAUUUGCAACAACACAGGCUACAAAGGAGAAGUGUGCCACAACUCCGUCUAUAGGGAGUCGUGUGAGGCUUACAGACUGAAUGGAAAGUAUUGGUCAGGCAACUACACCAUAGACCCGGACCUGAGCGGCCCACUCAAGCCUUUCACUGUCUACUGCAAGAUGAAGUUGAACAAAGCCUGGACGAUUAUUGAGCAUAACCGCCUCGAGAGAACUAAAGUGACUGGCUCCAGCUUGGAUCGGCCAUAUAUAGGGGACGUCCGUUACGUGAACGCCUCGUGGGAUGAGGUCACUGCUUUAGCCAACACGUCGCUAUAUUGUGAACAGUGGAUCGAGUUCUCGUGCUACAAGUCCCGCCUUCUAAACACUCCACAUGGAAGGCCUUAUAGUUUUUGGAUCGGCCGGCAUAACGAGAGUCACGAAUACUGGGGCGGGUCUUUCCCUGAGAGUGGGAAAUGCGGCUGUGCGAUCAAUCAAACCUGCACUGACUCCAAGUUCUGGUGCAACUGCGAUGCAGAUUAUCGCCAAUGGUAUGCAGAUAAGGGCUACCUGAUGUUCCGGGACCAUCUGCCUGUCAGGAGAGUUGUAGUCGGCGACACAAUCCGCCCAGGCUCAGAGGCCCAGUUCAGCCUCGGACCACUGCGCUGUUCUGGAGACAGGAGUAUCUGGAAUACGGUAGCCAUUACCAAGCCCACCUAUAUGACCUUCCCCACCUUUAAACCCGGCAUCAGCGCUGACAUUACCUUCCACUUCAGGACCUACCGCACCAACGGGGUCUUCCUGGAAAACUCCGAUGACCAUCUGCGGAAUUUCAUCAGGAUCGAGUUGAACUCCACUACCGAGGUGGUGUUCAUCUUCAUGGUGGGUGACGGGAUUAGGAACGUGACCCUGCGCACCACCAAACCUCUCAACGAUAACGAGUGGCACUACGUGGAGGCUGAGAUCAAUGUCAAAAUGGCACGGCUCAAAGUGGACUUCUAUCCCCCGGCUAUCCACAAGUUCCCCGGUCAAACCUACAUCACCAUGGAGUUCACUCAACCCCUGCUCGUAGGCGCUGCAAAUCACACUCUGAGGCCCUUCUUGGGUUGCCUGCGUGGCCUGCGAAUGAAUGGCGUCCCUGUGGAUCUGGAGGGGAAGGUAGACGAGCGCACUGGGAUCCGGAGGAACUGCACUGGAGCGUGUCUUAACGCCUCCAUCCCCUGCAGGAACGGAGGGCAGUGCAUCGACGGCUACGCCUCAUACUCUUGCGACUGCAACAACACGGCCUUCGACGGUUAUUACUGCCAAUUAGAUAUAGGAGCGUUCUUCGACGUGGGUGCUUGGCUGCGCUACGACAUCCGUAAAGAGCCCAUUUCAGAGGACGCCUGGUGGGCUAACUUCUGGAUCGAGCCGCACUGGCACAACUUCACGCUGGGCUACAACACCACCACCGAUGACAUCGAGUUCAGCUUCAGCACCCAGCAGACUCCGGCCGUCCUGCUGUACAUCAGCUCCUUCCACAAAGACUACAUCGCUGUGCUGCUCAAGAAAGAUGGUACCCUCUCCCUGAGGUAUCGUCUAGGUUUACUAACACAUAAAUUUCAGCUGACCACCAGGAACCUGGCUGACGGCUUCCCUCACUUUGUCAACAUCACCAGGCACAACUACACAGUAUGGACCCAGGUGGAUUACAUGGAGCCGUGGGUGGAGAGAUUAACUCUCGGGGAGAUUCCCAGAUUUGACUCGCCGAAGAGUAUCUUUCUUGGCCGCGUCAUGGAGGUCGGUGAUAUCGAUUACGACGUUCAGAGACACAACAGUCCGGGUUUGGUGGGCUGCAUAUCCGGGGUCCGUUAUAACAUCUUCGCACCGCUGAAGGCGUAUUUCCGGCCCAACGUCACCAACCCACCCGUCACCACCCAGGGCUACGUGGUGGAGUCUAACUGUGGCGCAUUCCCUCCUGUCUUGGGCUACGUGCCCUGGGAGGAUGACCCCUGGUUCACUGGACUAUUCUUCUAUUAUAUUCACGAUGAUGUGACUCCGCCCUGGAUGACGUUGAUUGUCACGGUGUCUCUGAUGCUGCUCUUCCUCGUGCUGUACGGCAUGUACAUUUACCUGUACAGAUACAAAGGCAGCUAUCACACGAACGAGCCGAAAAACUUGGAGUCACCCAGUUCCUCACGUCCUCUCACCGAAACACUGCGCAAGGAGAAGAAGAACCUGCCGGAAAUCCAGGAGGAGGCGACGGGUGAUUAACAUCUUGAGAGAAACAGGGUCUGGGGGGAGGGGCUGGUGGGGAUUACACAAGGUGAGCGAAACAGGAAACAGGAAAUGAAGAAACGGAUGGAGGAAACGGGUUGAAACAGGAAAAGUUACGAUUAUAGAACACGCCAAUAUUUUUGCUUUAUAUUUUUCAUUGAUAUUAGUGUAUUUGUGUGUGUGUGUGUUUUUUUUUUUUUUCUGCCCCUGGUGUUAAUUGGGUGUUAAUCUGACAUCUGGUGCUUUUUGGCUAAACAUUUGCAGGGUUCAGAUCCGUGUCCUGCAAUGCGAUGCUGGCCAAAGUAAGUGCCUCAGGAACCCGAAAAGUUAUAAAAAGCAGCAUUUUUGCUAAUGUACAUGUUUACAAAGAUCGAAUCUAUUUCUGGUAACCUAUAUGCUGUUGUAUGCAAAAGUUUGGGCACCCCUGGCCAAAUCGCAGACACGUUGUUGAUUUUUUCUAAGUGAAAAGAAAAGUAAAAACAACAUCCCCAGAGAACUACUCAACAGCUUACGCAAAUAUUAACGCAUAGUUACUUUAUAUAUUUGAAGAACUUAAACGCUACGAGUCCAUCUAUUCUUCUUUAAUGAAUUUUCCCCCAGUCUUCCUCGCAGAAUGUUUCUAGCUCGGAGAUAUCCUUGGGCCGUCGUCGCACAGACCAUGUUCUAGUCAGGGGACUGUGACGUCCAUUCCACAAGCUUCCACUUUCAUUACUUAAAGUAGUUCAUGGUGGGUUAUGAGAUACAGGUAUGCUUUGGAUCAUCGUCCUUCUGUUUCUUGACUGACUGUGCCACACAACCCCAAAGCAUGAUAGAUCCACCCCAAGGCUUAACAGUUAGCAAGGUGUCCUUUUCAUCGACUGCUGCUCCUAUUUUUCUCCAAAUUUCUCUCCUUUGACUUAUCUAGAUAUUUUAUUUGCAUAUAUCAGACGUUCACCUUUGCAAUGAGGUUCCAGGUAAGGAAUCCUUCUGAUGACUCUUCCAUGCAGAUCAGGUUUGUGCAAGCGAUGUAAAAGGCACAGAACGGUCCACACCCUCCUGCAGGUCCUUAGUGCCAUACAGGGAUUUUAACAGCACCUCUUAGUGACAUUCAGAUCCUCAAUCAGCCGCUUAAAGGAGCCCAUGGUUGUUGAAAGUGAGCACACGGUUUGAAGAGUCAGAAUUGAUUACCCUCUGGAUUUAUAAUGGCAAUUCUAAACAAUUCACCAAAUAUAAAGUAGCUAUGCACUAUUGUUUGCAGAAAAGUGCUAUUUAAAAAAAAAAAAAAAAAAAAAAUUGUUAUAUGCUGGCGCACGGUGGCUCAGUGGUUAACACGUUCGCCUCACACCUCCAGGGCCGGGGUUUCGAUUCGCACCGUGGCCCUGUGUGUGCGGAGUUUGCGUGUUCUCCCCGUGCUACGGGGGUUUCCUCCGGGUACUCCGGUUUCCUCUCCCAGUCCAAAGACAUGCAUGGUAGGCUGAUUGGCGUGUCCAAAGUGUCCGUAGUGUAUGAACGGGUGUGUGAGUGUGUAUAUGAUUUUCCCCUGCGAUGGAUUGGCACCCUGUCCAGGGUGUACCCCGCCUCGUGCCCCAUGCUCCUUGGGAUAGGCUCCAGGUUCCCCGUGACCCUGAAAAGGAUAAGCGGUAUAGAAGAUGGAUGGAUGGAUGUUAUAUGCUGAAAAUGUUGUGUAUACUUCUUUUCGCUUCAAAAAUGAAGAAAAAAAAAAUAGAAGAAGGAUCAUUUGACUAGGGGUUUGUCCAAACCUUUGCAUACAGCUCUAUGGCUUUCAGCGGACAUAUUUGAAAUAUUCAUAAAAGCUGAUGGGUUAGAAAUCUAUAUUUGUUAUAUUACUGCCUUCAUCAAUGCUUAGUGCUCGCACAUACAGCGGGACCAUUUAAACACUCUUUGAGCUUUGCUCAGUGUGCUUAGCACUUCUGAUCUCUGUAAUUGGAGAAAUAGUAUUUAGAACGAAAGAGAAACUAGUAAUAUAGCAUAAAUAUAUAUCGACGUACCGGCCGCAGAAUAAUAGCAGAUUUUAUUUAUUUACUUAUUUUAAAUAUGGAGAAGAGCCAUAGUGAGCUUGGUCAUGCCCGUAUUAAUGUUAAACGUUAUCUCGGUCUUCCCAAUUAUACAGAAUCGAAACCGAACCUCAACUUUUACGAAUCCUGCCCUGUGGAAUGAAUAUGAGAAAACUGUUAUGUGUUUGAUGUCAGUGCGCCUUGACUCAGGGUUGAAAGGUUCCUCUCACUGUCUCCACUCGUACAGAACAUAUCAUACAGUCAAGUCUGAAAGUCUCGUUUAUGAUCCCACGUUUUAUUCGCGCGAUCCCUAUUAAUGUAUCAAGAAUACAUUAUUUAUCUCCAUUUUAGCUGCCAGAGAAAUCUCACUUCAUUCGCCUCAUUUUCACUUAUCGUGUACAGUCCAAAAGUUUGUACCACCAACCCCAACUCCACCCCCAGGCAUAAAGUGCUGACGCAGGUGACUUCCGUAAGUGUUAUAAAAAUAAGCACAAACUACUGUAAUGGCUCCUGUUAUGGAAAAUGUAUCAGUUGAUGAACCAAAUCCCGCCUUAAUUACUCAAUCCUACAUCCUUCACCAUGUCAUCUCAGGGAGAUUUUCCUUGCCACUGUCACCUCUGGUUUGCUCAUGAAUGCUCUAAAUCUACAUACAGGUUUCUAGAAGUUGUUGAAAGUGCUAUAGAAAUAAAAUGGAAUUGGAUUGAAUUGAAUGCAGCCUGUGACCUGUUUUGUUAACUGAGUUUAAAAUACAAUACAAAGUCAAUGAUGGGUUUUCAUAACGGAACAGACUUCUGGACUCGACUGUUAAGUUUUGACGUCGACCGAUAUCGUAUCGUCACUCCGGCAUUUUCAAAUUGGAAAUGACUUCCUGAAGCUCGUUUUGUUUUGUUUUUUCUCCCUAAAACGACCUUCCAAAUCCCACAACAAGAGUGGAAGCACUGAGAGGAAUUACUCAUGAUUAGUUGCUGAUGUCUUCGUGUGAGUUUGUGUGUUCGGAUCCGAGCUCAAGCUGGAAUCUGAUAUGCAUACGUGGUCAAGCAAUUAUUAUAAAAGCCUACCUAAACACACACACACACACACACACACACACACACACACACACACACACACACACACACACACACACACACACACACACACACACACACACACAAUAUUUUGUCCACAUCAUUUCCAGUUAUCGGGAUGGGUUCAAAUCAAAAUAUCCUUUCCUCGCACUGCUGUUUUUGUUGAAGCACGUAAAGAUAUAAUGCUUUUUAAAAUCCAUGUAGCACAUCCCGUCUUUGAUCAUAUCGGUCGUUUCUUUUUAACUAAACUUUUCUUUUUCACCAAAUAUGUAAAUGAAGUAGAGUGAUGGUUUAAUAUUGGGGUAACUCCAAGGAAAACUCUACCCUGAAUGACUUGCACAUUAAUCUUUUAUAAUUAACACACAAACCCGAGUGGCAAUUUAUUUGGCUAUGAAAUUCUCAUCUUUAAUUUAUUUAUUCAUUUUCAUAUGAUUUAUUUACAUGUGAUUCAUUUACAUGUGAUUCAUUUUCAUAUGAUUCAUUUACAUGUGAUUCAUUUUCAUGUGAUUUGUUUACAUGUGAUUCGUUUACAUGUGAUUCAUUUUCUUGUGAUUCAUUUACAUGUGAUUCAUUUACGUAUGAUUCAUUCAUGCAUGCUUCAUUUACAUGUGAUACAUUUUCAUG